UGCUUGUCCAUGUGUGUAGUGUGAACAGCUCUUGUGUGUAUGUUUAAACAGCUUUCUGUGUUUAUCUCUAUUCUAGAAUUCCACUUAGAGAGGACCCCCCUUCUGACAUCACCCCACCCCGCUGAGCUCACAGCCAUUCCUCUAACGGCGUACAACCCCAUGGCGGCGGCAGCCGCAGCAGCAGCAGCUGUGGUCAGAGGCUCAACUCCUUCUCGCUCAGCUGGGUUUUUAGGUACCAGCAGCCCUGGGCCGAUGGCAGACCUGUAUGGAACGGCCAAUCAGGACUCCAUCAGUAGCUAUAUCAGCGCUGCAAGUCCCGCUCCCAGCACUGGAUUCAGCCACAGCCUUGGGGUGAGUCAGCAACAUGCAGUGUUGAUACUGUUAACUAAAACUAAUACUAUUUCUAA